GAGAAUUUCAAUCUGACUGAAAAAGUGGGAAUUGGAGUCAUCCUGGCUUCUCUGAUUUUUAUCUCUAUAUCUGGAAAUAUUCUCGUCUGUGUGGCUGUGUUCACUGAUCGGAAAUUAAAAAGGAAUUCCAAUUUAUUCAUAGUGUCUUUAGCUAUUGCUGAUUUACUCGUCGCCGUUCUGGUGAUGACCUUCGCAUUAGCUAAUGAUAUUCAAGGUACUUGGGAAUUUGGAGCAGUAUUUUGUAAGAUUUGGAUAUCCGCGGAUAUUAUGUGCUCGACGGCGUCCAUAUUAAACCUGUGUGCUAUUAGUUUGGAUAGGUUUAUACAUAUAAAGGACCCACUACGCUAUGAAAGUUGGAUGACGGGUAGGAGAACUAUGUUAUUUAUUUCUUUAGUUUGGGUUCUAUCCCUACUCAUAUCUUUCGUGCCCAUUCAUUUGGGGUGGCACCAAGAUCCCGGUGAAGGGGCUGGCCCCCAGACAAACGAAGACAUGUGUAUUUUUGAAUUAAAUCCUAUAUAUGCAGUCGUUUCCUCGACGAUCAGUUUCUAUAUACCCUGUAUCGUAAUGAUAUCAAUAUACUGUCGCUUGUAUUUAUACGCUCGCAAACACGUAGAAAGUAUUAAACGGACGCAUACGGCGGAACGUUUCAACGUGAACGGAACGGAUAAGAAAGUUUCGUCUAAAGUUUCGGAUCAUAAAGCUGCCGUUACAUUAGGGAUUAUUAUGGGAGUGUUUUUAUUAUGUUGGUUGCCGUUUUUUACUGUGAAUUUAAUCGCUGCAUUCUGUGCUUCGUGUAUACAACCCUUAGUGUUCAAGAUUUUAACGUGGUUAGGGUACGUCAAUUCAUCUUUAAAUCCCAUCAUUUACAGCAUUUUUAACUCAGAAUUUCGUGAAGCCUUUCGUAAAAUUAUU